AUGAUGUCCAUGAACAGCAAGCAGCCUCACUUUGCCAUGCAUCCCACCCUCCCUGAGCACAAGUACCCGUCGCUGCACUCCAGCUCCGAGGCCAUCCGGAGGGCCUGCCUCCCCACACCGCCGCUGCAGAGCAACCUCUUCGCCAGCCUGGACGAGACUUUGCUGGCCCGGGCCGAGGCGCUGGCGGCCGUGGACAUCGCCGUGUCCCAGGGCAAGAGCCACCCAUUCAAGCCGGACGCCACGUACCACACGAUGAACAGCGUGCCAUGCACGUCAACGUCCACCGUGCCGCUGGCUCACCACCACCACCACCAUCACCACCACCAGGCUCUCGAGCCUGGUGACCUUCUGGACCACAUCUCUUCGCCGUCACUCGCGCUCAUGGCCGGCGCGGGCGGCGGCCUGGCGUCUAUAUGCGACUCGGACACGGACCCGCGCGAGCUCGAAGCGUUCGCCGAGCGUUUCAAGCAGCGGCGUAUCAAGCUGGGCGUGACGCAGGCCGACGUGGGCUCCGCGCUGGCCAACCUCAAGAUCCCGGGCGUGGGCUCGCUCAGCCAGAGCACCAUCUGCAGGUUCGAGUCGCUUACGCUCUCGCAUAACAACAUGAUCGCGCUCAAGCCCAUCCUGCAGGCGUGGCUCGAGGAGGCCGAGGGCGCACAGCGCGAGAAAAUGAACAAGCCCGAGCUCUUCAACGGCGGCGAGAAGAAGCGCAAGCGGACUUCCAUCGCUGCACCUGAGAAGCGCUCCCUCGAGGCCUACUUCGCUGUGCAGCCCAGGCCUUCCUCGGAGAAGAUUGCCGCCAUCGCCGAGAAACUGGACCUCAAAAAGAACGUGGUGCGGGUGUGGUUUUGCAACCAGAGACAGAAGCAGAAGCGGAUGAAAUUCUCUGCCACUUACUGA